AAUUAACUUCCAAUGCUUUUGCAGUCAGCAUGUUGGGCGAUGGCCAAGUCAUGGCUUGAUGUUCAGGUGGAUCUUGAACUAGCCCGCUUGCAACCUGGUGGAAUGGAUCAAUUUAAAACUUAUGAAGAUGCAAUUGACAGAAGUCAUGGACAAGGAGACAAUGUUUCUCCAUCUACAGUUGGGCCAGAAAAUUGGCCACUACAAGUUCUGAAUCAGCAACCCCGGCAUUUGCCUGCGCUUCUUCAGAAACUCCAUUCAAGUGACUCAGUACAUGAAGCUAUUACUCAAGAAUGCAAGGAGCAGCACCGGCAAAUUGAAAUGAAUCUUAUGAUGGGGGAUAUACCGCAUCUGCUAGACGUUAUAUGGUCAUGGAUAUCACCAUCUGAAGAUGAGGAAAACGUCUUCAGGCCUCAUGGUGAUCCUCAGAUGAUUCGUUUCGGUGCACACUUGGUUCUUGUUCUUAGAUACUUGUGGAACAAAUGAAGGAUGCUUUCAGAGAGUAGAUCAUGACUGUUGGUGACCUCAUUCUUCAUAUUAAUUUUCUGCUAGUCCAUUAGAAACGACAUGAUGGCAUCCAUGUGGUCAAGUUGAUUCAUUUGAGGAUCUCUUGGAUGAGAUAUGGCUUCAUACCCCUGAAAUGUGUGACGUCCGUAGAUAGGAUGGCUUACUUGCCUUGUGAAGAAUGACCAAGGUAUGCGAUAUUUCUAUUUUCAACGCACUGCGAAGAGUUGGUUGGCAUUUAUGCUUCUCAACUUGCACAUCAUCGUUGCAUUGACCUCUUUGUGCACAUGAUGGAGUUAAGUCUGAACAGCAGGUGUUUUUUCAUGGCAGAACUGAAAUUGGUUUCGUCUCUUUAUUACUUUUGGAAAAAUGCUAUCCAAACUAACAAAUCUUACAAAUUUUUCUUGCUUACUGUACAAUAAUGAAACUGUGGAAACUGGACUCACUUCAAUGAUAUAAAAGGUGAGUUAGAAAAGUUUGUAAGAUUUGUUUUGUGUAUAGUUCUCCAACUUGUUCUUUCCUUUUCCUUUAUGUUUGAUUUAUUUAGUCUUUUUUUUAACCUUUUUGGCUGGGUGGGAGUUGAUGCUUGUUUAGGCUUGUGCACAAUUUACAGGUGCCUCAAUUGUGCUUCACUAUUUAUUACUGGGGGAAUUAUUUAUCAAAAAAAAAAAAAAAAACUGUUUGUUAUUGGGGGAAUCAUCAAACAGUGGGAUAGUAAAAAAA